AUGGCGAACCCCUUCAACCGCCGCCCUAUUCCUGACUACUUCAUCGCCUCUCCCCUGGUAGCCCUACUCUACCCAGUGCACCAGAUCUUACUCCGUUUGCGCGGACCUCCUCGACUCCCUCCGCCAGGCACUCAACCAAUCCGAGUAGUCUGCAUCUCCGAUACCCACACCCUCGAAUGGCCAGAUAUACCUGACGGAGACCUUCUCAUCCACGCCGGCGACCUCUGCAACGACGGCUCCGCGCGCGAUAUCCAAGCUUCUGUCAACUGGCUCCGAAGCCUUCCCCACCCAUAUAAAAUUGCCAUCGGAGGGAACCAUGACAGCUACUUCGACGUGCGGUCACGCCUGGAUGAGGACCGCAUAGACCCAGCUUCUACGGGGGAUUCCUUCGCCGCAGUCUCCUCCUCAACAGCAUCCAUCCACUCGAUUCACGAGCUGAACGGCGCCUCCCGCAUCGACUGGGGCGACAUCCACUACCUUCAACACUCAGCCGUGACCCUCUCGUUCACCGACACCUCAACACCCUCGUCCACAACUCCCCUCACCAGCUCCCGCUCCCGCUCCCUCACAAUCUACGGCGCUCCCCAAGUCCCAGCCAUCGUCCCCUUCGGCCCAGAGCAUGCCUUCACAUACCCCCCACACCACGACGCCUGGUCAGGCACCGUCCCCCAAGAAACAGACAUCCUCGUCACCCAUACCCCACCCCAAGCCCAUCUCGAUAUGUCCCCCGUAUACUCCACAGGCUGUCCGAAUCUGCUAGCGGAAUCAUGGCGCGUCCGUCCUGUCCUCCACGUCUUCGGCCACGUCCAUGAAUCGGCAGGCCAAGAACCCAUCUUCUGGGAUGAGGCCCAGCGCGCCUGGGAAAGAUUGUGUGCCUCGCGCCGCUCGCGUGCGCGUUUAAGCCGCGUUUCUUCGCUCGCUGGCUUCCUGCGUGAUCUGUUCGAUCUGUCUGCUUGGGUGGAUGCAGCGCGGGUCGUGGGAUACGGGAUCCUAGGUGUGAUUUGGGCUCAUAUCUGGGGUGGGGAGAACCUUCAUGGUGGGUGGAUGGUCAACGCUGCUUGCAUGUAUCGCGAUAGUGGCCGGCUGGGUAACGCGCCCAGGGUUUUUAACCUGUGA